CCGCCGCCAGCCCGCACGCCCACGGACCCCAAGCCGCGCGAGCCACAGCCGCGGGGCUCGGAUCUCGUCCCGUCUCGCCGCGGCACAAGACCAGGCCGGCGGAUUCGCCCCUCGGCGCGAUUCGCCGCCACCCGGGCCGCCUAGCCCCUCUUCCUCGCCGGGACUCCGGCAUUCGCUCAGAUGGACGCGGAGGACGCGCUGGGGUUCCGGGAGGACGACGCCAUCCGCUUCAUCUUCGGCGAGGACGUGGCCGCCAGGGCCGACGACGACUCCGCCAGUGCCUUCGACAGGUCGCUCAUGGAGCUUCGCGUUUUCCGGGAGGUCUUCUCCAGGCCGCCCGCGCAGGCGGAGGCCGCGGGGAGGCACUUCGGGGUGGCCGAGACGUCGCUGCUCCCCGGCGCCCGCUUCGCCGCGCAGCAGCGACCCGCGGAUGCUCCCCGGGCCCAGGCCGGCCUCAACCUCAAGGUCCAGCCGCCUCCGCCGUUCCGCGGCGAGCACAUUGUGUCUGCUCAGGUCCACGCCGGAGCAGGCCUUGGCCCGGAGGCACGCAUGCAUGCUCACCGGCAGCAGAGCAUUGUUACAACGGAGGGCAGAGUGGAUCUCGGGGUCAGCAAGGGGCAUGCGCAUUCUUACAAUGUCCAACAACACGGGACCGCUGCCCAGGAGCAUGCGCAUUGUUACAAGGAGCAACACGGGACUGCUGCCCAGGAGCAUGCGCAUCGUUACAAUGACCAACAUGAGACCGCUGCCCGGGAGGAGCAGGAGCAUGCAGGGCUUCUUAGGGUACUGGCCAGGUGGAGGCACGGCCGGGAGCUGUAA